CCGCACCCGCCGACCUCCUGCCGCAGCCCCCCGCAGAUGCCGGCGCCCCCACCCUCGAAGACCUCAUCCUCCACUCCGGGAAGAGCGUGCAGGACGUCCUCAACUCGGAGGAAGCGGUCCAUGCCGCCAUGAAACUCUCAGACCUCAAGCUCAUCGGCUACGACCACGGCAUCCUCAGCGUCACCGGCUGGUUCACAGACGGCCUCGUCGCGCUCCACACCGAGCUCGGCCUUCCCUGGUGGGCCGCCAUCGCAGGCACCACCGUCCUCAUCCGCCUCUGUCUCACCCGGCUCGUCGUCAACACCCAGAAGCACAGCGUCCGCCUCGCCGCCGUCAACCCGCAGAUCCAGGAACUGAUGGCCGAGGCCAAGGUCGCGAGCGCCAACAAGGACACCCACAUGCAGACGCUCAUCAGCCAGCGUCUGCGCGACCUCAUGAAGGAGCACAACGUCAACCCGCUCAGGCCCCUGCUGCUUCCUCUCGUCCAGAUGCCCAUCUUCUUGACCUUUUUCAGCAUCGUCCGCGGCCUCGCUAACCUUCCCCUGCCCCAGCUGAAGGAAGGCGGUCUCGGCUGGGUCACCGACCUGACCGCUGCCGACCCGUACUACAUCCUUCCAGCCACGUCGUUGCUCUUUACCAACUUGGUCUUCAAGUUUGGUGCCGACGGCGUGCCCACCGCCGCCAAGGCUGGUAGCCCGAUGACCACCGCCCACAUGCGCAACUUUAUCCAGCUGACCACCUUUCUCUCAUUCCCCCUCAUCAUGUACUUUCCUUCCGCCCUCCUCUUCUACUGGACCUUUUCCACCGGCUUCACCCUUUUACAAUCCAUCAUCCUCCGCCAACCGAUCGUCAAGCGAUACCUCGGUUUACCCGUCACCAAAGCCCAGGCGCUCGAACCGGGAGCAGAGCCCCUCAAAAGUCCUUCCUACAUGGACACCUUUAACGCCGCGAAAGAAUACUUUCAAAAAUCUGUCAAGCAGGCUUCUGAAGAUUCUGCCAACAGGGCGCACGCCGAGCAAAAGGCAAAGCAUGCGAGCGUGCAGAGGAAGCAGCAGCAGGGAGCGUUUGUCGAGAGGAUCCAGGAACCUGGUCCCGAGGUCAGCGACGCACAGACCGUCAAGAGGCCCGAGGGACGGGAAGCUGAAAAGCAGAGGAGAAUAGAAGAGGCGAGAAGAAGGAGGGCUAGGUCAUGAUUCGGGUCAUCGUCAUGUUAUGCAUAUGCACUAGAGCACUA